AUGACUUCUUCUUCUUCUUCUACUUCCAUAACCUCUCUUCCACAAGAGAUUCUUCUCCAAAUUCUCACCGGUCUUUCUGCCAAAUCCGCAGUGCGAUUUAGAUGCUCCUCUAAAUUCUUCUAUUCCUUCAUACCUGAGCCAAGCUUCGCAUUCAAAAUCCUCGUCUCUCUUCCAUCCGAACCACCCUGUAAACUAAAUUUAUAUUCCGUGAGUUACCGUGAAGACAGCCAUGGAAACCUCCAAGCCGACACUGCCCAGAGUUUGGAUGUACGAGGUUCUCUAUGUUCCGCAGAUGGCAAGAUGUGUCUAAUCAGGCCUGAAUCGGGAUCGGGAAACGACGUCGUCUUCGACCUUAGUACCGGACGGCGUAUUUGUCUGCCAAGCAUUGGUUGGCCGGCCUGUCUCUGCUCUAAUGCGUCCUUGGGGUUUGACUGGGUUUCGGGAAAGUACAAGGUUUUCAAGUGGGCGGUGCACUAUGAUUAUGAUUGCGGGCGGUUGUUGAAUGGGUGGUGGGUUUUAACUGUGGGAGUGGAUAAGUCAUGGAGGGAGAUAAACUCCACUCUCGCGGGAUACACCACCACGGCUGCUGUCCACAUUAAUGGGAUUAUGUAUUUGAUUCGUGAACCAAUGACAAUAUAUUUGAAUCGACUCCCUUGGUGGUUUAGCAAUCUAUUUCAUUCCUCAAGUUCUAAACCAAAGAUAGUUGGAAUAGAUGUUGCGACGGAGCGUUUUAUCAAGUCCAUACCAUUCCCAUUUGAGUAUUACUCCCCCAAGCAUUAUCACGGGUGGCAGGCAUGGAUGAAGUUGAAUGGUCGCUUAGCUUUCAUUAACAUUCUUAGCCCACAAAAGGCCAACAGUAUAGAUAUAUGGAGAUUGGAGAGGUCAAUGGAGUUGGAGAAGCAGACAGUGGUUCUGCCCUUGGAGGAGAGGGAGGUGAUUGGAGAAGCUACCUAUACUUCCAUGAAAUUUACUGCGAAUAGUAUGGGGGAGAUUGUGUUCUUGAUUCAAAAUAGGAAGAUAAUGUCUCCUUUAGUUUUAGUUUAUUCAUUUAGAAGAGAGGUUUGGAGAAGGGAUGGAGUUAAGCUCGGCGGCUCCAUGAUUACUUAG